GAACAAUUGCUAGUAAAGGAGUUCUUGGAUAAAUGCCAUUUAUCACAGUAUAUUCCUGUAUUCAUGGAAGAAGGCUUUGAGACCUUACAGGCGAUCAUGGAAAUUACUGAAGAAGAUUUAAUUGCCAUGAAUGUCAAAAGAGGCCAUAGAAGGGUAAUUCAAAGAGGUAUCGCAACGUUGAAGGGAGUACCAAAAACCCAACCUUUGAAUUUCUAUGGCCCUCUUGCGAAUAAUGAUAUCCGAUCCUUAUCUAUACAGUCUCCCAUAACAACUCCUCCGAUUCAGCAUGUGCAUUCAUCUCCCACUGCUGCAGGGGAAAAUGAAGAUAAUAUAGACGAUGACAGCAAUAACAAUAGCAACAACAACAACAACAACAACAACAACGAUGAUGACAGUAAUUAUGCUGAUGAUGACAAUGACGUGUAUGGAGACUCCACCACCACAACCUCAUCUUCUCAUAAUCACAAUAUUUUGCGAAGGAAAUAUAAAAGACACCCUAAGCUUGAUAAAAAUGCACCUAUCAAGCCUCCUUCAGCUUAUAUAAUGUUUUCCAAUGAUGCACGUUCUCAACUAAAAGACAGACAUCAACUACAUACCAUGUCGUUUGUCGAAAUUGCCAAGUUAGUAGGUGAUCAAUGGAAGAACUUAAGUCCGGAUCGAAAACAGGCCUAUGAAAGAACGGCGAUGAGGGCGAAGGACGAAUAUAUCGCAGCGUUAAAUGAGUACAGAAAAACCAAAGAGUACAAGGAAUAUCAAAAAUACUUGAAGAAAUUCAAAGCUGAGCAAGAUGCCAUGAAUAGGAAAAUUGCUAGAAUGCGCAAAAAAGCAAAAGAAAGAGGAUCGCCUGGCAGUGAUCAGCGAGAAUACCCUAUAAACCUGCUU